UUCCUCCCCACCAGGAGAUUUGCCCCAUUCCAGUUUCUGAACCUUUAAUGCCCCCCCUCCCCUGCCUCUGACCCCCUGCUCACUUAAAGGUUGGUGUGGGGUGUUUUUGGGGUGGGGUGGGGACGACCGGCCUGCCUGCCCACCCCAUGUCCCCUGGCAGAGGGGGGGAGGUCUUUCUGGGGGGAGGGAGACCCCUUGCUGGGCUGUACCCCCGAUUUGGGGAGGGUGAGCUGAGAAGGAGGGAAAGAGGAGGCCUGGGGUUUGGGGGGGGGUGUCUCCCCUCCCCUCCAAGGGCCCAGCCAUGCCCCCCACCCUGGAGAAGCUGGCCAAUGUCGUCCUGCGGGUGCCCAGCAUCGUCCUCCUGGACCUGCUCUACCGGUGGGACGUCCAGGCCUUUGCCGAGCUCCUGAACCCGCGAUCCCCGGACGCCCACCUGCGGAAGCAUCUCCUGUGGAACCUCUACUACGCAGGUCACGUGGUGUGUAUGGUGGUUUUGCUGCUCCCAGUCCGGUCCCUGGUGAAGCUGUACCUCUACAUCCUGACAGUUUUGCUGCUUUAUGUGAGCCACCAGACUGCCCGGGACUACAUCCGCCAUGAGAUGGAACGUGAUUUCCAUGGUGCCGUGUACAGCGAUCCUGUGGCACUCAGCUGCUUUGCCACUGCACUCACAAGCCAGGUCAUCGUUGCUACCCUCUGUGCCCUUCUGCUGCAGACCAGGCGGGUGUGGCUCUUCUGCGCUCCCCUCCUUCCUCUGGCGGCCCGCCUGUGCGGCUUUCCGCUCCAAGCCCUGACGACGGUCAACACCUUUGCUGCCCUCCUCACUGCCACGGAGGCGGUCUAUGUUGCCACAACAUGCUUGUCGGUGCCUUUCCAUUUGGCGGCAGCGGCCUGCAGAGAGAUCACAGAGGUGCUGGAAGUGUAUCGGCUGGUCUCUCUGGGGAUGUCCCUCUGGAGGCAGCUGGCCGUCCCUCUCUUGUUCCUGGUCUUCUGGCUCACCCUGUUCAUCCUGCAGAUCCUAGCCUUGGCCUCUUCCUCUUCUGGCAACCUUUUGUCCCAGCAAGGGAUCCUCUUCAUCUUCCUCAGCAGUGUGGCUGAAUGCUGCAGCACUCCCUACUCCCUCAUCGGGCUCACCUUCACCAUCUCCUACCUAGCCUUGGGGCUACUCAGACUUUGCAAGUUCUACCUGGCGGGCUACGGCGCCUUCCAAAACGGGAAUGUGAUGCACAGGGGCGUCACAGAGGGUGUGACCUUGCUCUUGCUGGCCAUCCAGACGGACCUGCUGGACCUGCAGCUCCUCCACAGAACCUUCCUCCUCAGCAUCAUCCUCUUCAUCGUGGUGACCUCCACCCUGCAGUCCAUGAUUGAAAUCACAGAUCCCGUAGUCCUGGGUCUGGGAGCAUCACGAAACAGGAGCGUCUGGAAGCACUUCCGGGCAGUCAGCAUGUGCCUCUUCCUCCUGAUCUUUCCGGGCUACAUGGCUUAUAAGAUUGCCCACUUCUUCCACAUGGACUUCUGGCUCCUGAUCCUGGUCUCCAGUUGUAUGCUGACGUCGCUGCAGGUCAUGGGGACCCUCUUCAUCUACGUCCUCUUCAUGAUUGAACUGUUCCAAGAUUCCCCGAUGGAGAAGAUGGACGAGAUCAUCUACUACGUCAACGCCAUCAGCCGGGUGCUGGAGUUUCUGGUGGCCGUUUGCGUGGUGGCUUAUGGCACCUGGGAGUCCAUUUUUGGGGAGUGGAGCUGGAUGGGGGCAUCUGUCAUCAUCAUCCACUGCUACUUCAACGUCUGGCUGAGGGCCCAGUCGGGCUGGAAGAGUUUCUUGCUCCGCCGAGAGGCGGCCAAGAAGAUCAGCUCAUUGCCGGAGGCCACCAGAACGCAACUGGAGAAUCACAAUGAUGUCUGCGCCAUUUGCUUCCAGGAGAUGGGCGUGGCUGUCGUCAUGCAGUGCAGCCACUUGUUCCACGGGAACUGCCUGCGCAAGUGGUUCUAUGUGCAGGACACCUGCCCGCUCUGCCACCAGCCAGUCGUGCCCGUGGCUGGCCAGGAGGACCGCCCGCCUCAAGGGGGUGCACAGGCCACGGAGCCUGCACCAGGGAGAGAGGAGGCUCCCAGCCCUGGGAGUGGGGGAGGCCCCCCUGCCAACCACGGUGCAGAGGGCACGGGCGAUGGCAGGAGCGCCGAGGACAGUGACUCCAGCCGAGGGGAUCCGCAACCAGCAGGACCAUCCGGGAAGGAGCCGCACCCCUUUGGUGGAUUAGGAGAGUCCCCGGAGAGGGGUCCCGGGCACGAAGCAAGGGAGACGUCCUUCACAGCGGCAGAAAGCGACCGAGGGCCUGACCGCCCUGCUCUAGAAAGUACCAUGGAACGGCAGGCUGGAGAUCCAUGGGCCGGGUCGGAAGAGCCCAGGAGCCUCGGGCAGAACCCUCCCGGCAGCCGCUUUCUUCAAAGAGAGUCCGCCGGUCCUGGCAGCCGAGCGGAGAGCGACUCUCCUCUCCCCGCUGCCAUGGGAGGUCUAUCUGGGGACCGCCUCGAGGGGCGUGCGGCCAGCCCCUCUCCUGUCGACCCUCCCGUGGUGGCAGAGGGGAAGGAGGAGCGCACAAGGGCUGCCCACUGGCACCAGGGUGCCAGCCUUCGCCCGGAAUCCUCCGUCAGGUCAGGUGAGAAACCCAAGGACUGUCUGGAUUCUUGCACUUCCUUCUCUUAGCCUUCAUUCGCCCUCUUUAUUCCCUCCACUCCUUCACCUCAAAAAACCAAACACAACCCCACCAAUGACAUGGUUUGCAUCUGCCGACGCUCUUUCCUGCUUCUAAGGAAGUAGCCACGGUUGGGGCAACAGCCGUCCGCUUUCUAUUCUAGCAAAGAGUAUCUGGUCUCUCACCCUGGUUUGGGACUACCAAGGGCUGAAGCCAUCCUCGCAGGAGCUCUUCACGUGCACAGGGUUCUGUUUUAAGCCUCCUGUGCCCCUCGGGAGAGGUUGGGGAGCUUCCAUUCCAUCAGAGCAGCAAGCUCUGCUUCUCAUAACACUGGUUCCCGUCUGCAAAGAUUUGCGCUGGCCGCAACGCGUUCAUGAAAUCCUGGCCUUUUGACAUCAAGGUGUGAAAAUCCAUAAAGGCAGCCGCCCUGACUUAAACCAGGGCAUGGGAGUUGCUGCCAGGACUUAAUUGUAAUUCUUGCACUCUACCCAUCGGGUAUCUCCAGACUCGAGCAGGUGGGUGCAACGCAGGCGUUGGUCUUCCAUACAAGAGAGAGACCCGACACCUUUUUCCAACACUGGUGUGAACACCUGAGAAGACAAGGGCUUCCUACUGGCCUUAGGGCCACCAUUGACCCUGCGGGUCAACAUCCAGCUAAUUGGCCUAUUCUGUGUUGAGACGACAGCCUGAAAGGACAUGUACCACCACCAGCGAUGAGGCCACGCCGAGCCAGAGCCUUGUGCUUGCCAGCCGAAUAAAGCAAAGCUAUGGUGUGAAA